AUGCACCUUAAACUGGGUCAAUUAGAGGCCGUGAUUAUUUCAUCUCCCAAAGCUGCCCGGGAGGUGUUGAAGAUUCAUGAGCUUGCAUUUGCGCAGAGGCCUAUUGUUUUGGCGACAGAGGUUUUGUCUUUUGGUCAAGGAGGUAUUAUCUCUGCUCCUUAUGGAGAUUUAUGGAGAUCGCUGAGAAAGGUUUGUAUGUUCGAGCUACUGAGCGCGAAACGUGUGCAGUCAUUCAGAUCCAUAAGAGAAGAAGAGGCACAGAAUCUUGUUGAGUCCAUUGGCUCAAUGUCUCACAAGGGACUUGCCAUCAAUUUUAGUGACAGUUUUCUUGGGUUCGUUACUGGGUCGAUCCCUGCUUUGAAAGACAUACAAAGUAAGCUCGGUAAGAUUCUCGAAAAUAUCAUCAACGAUCAUAAGACCAAAAGAUCCAAAAAGGACUUGAUGAUCAGUAGUACUAGUACUACUACAGCAGGCAAUGACAAAGUGGAGGAGGGGGAGGAGGAAAAUUUUGUUGACGUACUUCUAAAACUUAAAGAGUCCAGUAAGGCAGAGUUCAACUUCACUACCAAUCAGAUCAAAGAUAUCAUUCUGGACAUCUUCGCUGCAGCAAGCGAGACUUCAGCUACUACCAUAGAAUGGGCAAUGUCAGAGUUGAUGAAAAACCCAAGAAUCAUGAAGAGGGCUCAAGCUGAAGUGAGACAGUCAGUUGUCCAAUUUGAAGGAAAGAAAGGCAAAGUUAUUGAAGAAAGAGAUGUUAAAAAGUUGGACUACUUGAAAUUGGUGGUGAAAGAAACUCUGAGGUUACACUCUCCACUCGCUUUGCUCCCAAGAGAAGCAAGGGACACGGUUCAAGUUGGCGGAUUCAAAUUACCAGUUAAAUCAAAAGUAAUUAUUAAUUUAUGGGCAAUGGGAAGAGACCUAGAUAUAUGGGGGGCAGAUGCUGAGUGUUUUAAGCCAGAGAGGUUUCAUGGCUCUUCUGUUGACUUUAAGGGUUUUGACUUUGAGUUCAUUCCAUUUGGUGCUGGCAGAAGAAUAUGUCCAGGCAUGUCAUUUGGUGUUACCGUGAUUGAACUUGCUCUCGCUGAAUUGCUUUACCACUUCGAUUGGAAACUGGCGAAUGGGAUGAAUCCAGAUGAACUUGACAUGACAGAGAGUUUAGGACUGACCUGCAAGAGAAAGAAUGCUUUGUACCUAACUGCCACCCCACAUUUUACUUCACUCGGUGAGUCACAAUGACUCAUCGUUUUGUUGCCAUGAAUGGCCAACAAACUAUGCA